AUUGCGGAAACCUAAUGUUAAUGUUAGAUGAGGGACGUGAAUAACGUUAGCCUAACGUUAAUUAGCUAAAGCUAGCCGUGGGAAUCAACCGUUAGCUUCCUGUAUUUGGCUUUUGUUUAAUUUAUUAACAGGUUUAGCUUUCACAAAACAUUUGUAUAAUAUAACACGUGCGUUCUUGCCUCAAUUACUUCUUAAAUAACGAUUGAUAUAUAACUUAAUUUAAUUAUUUAUUUGUUUUUGUGUGGCAGCACUGAGUGAUGAAUAGUUCAAAGACCGUGAGUUAAUAAUCCUUAAGGGUAAAUGUCCCCUAUUUUUCCGAAAUUGGAUGAGUUUAAGUAAUUUAUCUCAUGGCUUUAGUACAUAUAUCGCUAAUUUAACCGUUUAAGUGUUUUACUUUUGGUCGUUCUUCUAUUAAAUGGUUAAAAAAAAACGAAGAAAGGCGGAGGAGCCCCGUUAAGGUUGGAUCGUUCCUACAGCACCUGAAGGCGGCACCGUUCCCCGCUGUGUGUGCGGAUUCCUGCGCGUCUGGAGGAUGAAGAGCGGCGGGGACGCUGCUGCUGCUGCUGCCUCGGUUCCGCUGGUGGUUUGAGGGGGAAAAGAAGCAGCCAUGGCCUCUGACAACUGCCUGUUUGUGUGGUCUGAUCAGUGUGUCAUUGUGUGUCCCCUCUCCCUCUCCCUCCUCCUGCCAGUCCCCCCGGAGGCCAUCGGCUUCCUGUCGGCGGUGGGCGUCUUCAUCGUGGCGCUGGCCGUCCUCUUCCUCUUCAUCAACAAGAAGCUGUGUUUCUCGCGCGUGGGGGGCCUGCCCUGCCUGGAGCACCGCCACACCCACCGCAAGAAGACGCGCCAGGGCAUCCGCCAGGGGCUGGUGAGCAGCUACGGGGACGAAGACGAAGACGGCGGCGUCUCGUCCUCCGGCAGCGAGGAGGAGGUCCUGAAGCAGUUUGAGAUCUCCGUGUCGCGGUCGCAGAGCUUCCGCACCUCGACGGCGGCGAACCUCAUCGAGCUGCAGGCGCAGACGGCGCUCGGCCGCCGGCACAAGUUCAGCCGCCUGUCGGACCAAGAGGAAGGGAGCACGGAGCCGUCGGACUGCGAAGAGAUGUCGGCUCAGGGCCCUCAGGGCGGCUUCAGGGACCCGCUCACCGCCGCCCUAGAGGAGAGCGAGCGGGCGGCGGCGGUCUCGCCGGACAAUGCGGGCGCUCUCGAGGCGUCGGGCGGCAGGGACGGGCCCGCCCAGGGCGCCGACCGGCAGGCCGCGGACGGCAGCGAGGAGACAAAGAUUGGCGCCGGAAAUGCCGCCGCGGACAGCUCCCCCGCCUGGAGCCCCGAGCGAGACCAGCCUCCCCGGGACGAGGCCUCGCCUCAGCCGGCGAGCUCUUCCCCCCGCCUCCCCAUCUCCACCUGCGGGGACCUGGUCCUCUCCCUGGAGUACCGGCCCGACGCCGAGAAGCUGCUGGUCUCGGUGAUCGCGGCGCGGGACGUCCCGGACAAAGCCCGCAGCGGCAUGGACUCCUGGCAGGUCCACAUGGUCCUGCUGCCCGCCAAGAUGCAGCGGCACCGCACGCUGGUGCAGAAGGGCUCGCUGCCGCACUUCAACGAGACCUUCCGCUUCUCGCGCCUGGAGCCCGCCGAGCUGCAGGCGUCGGCCGUCAGGUUCAGGCUCUACGCGCUGGGGGCGUCCCGCAUGUCCCGGGAGAGGAUGAUGGGCGAGAAGGUGCUGCGCCUGGCCGGGCUGGACCCAGAGGGAGGGACGAUGGAGACCACGCUGGUGCUGGAGCCCCGCAGCAACCUCAAGAGCUUGGACUCCCAGCUGAGCCUCUCCGCCGUGUCUCAGAGCGACAGCGCCUCGUCCACUCAGUCUCUGACCCACGGCGGCGUCCCCGAGCUGCUGGUGGGCCUCACCUACAACGCCACCACGGGACGCAUGUCUGUGGAGCUCAUCAAGGGGAGCCACUUCAGGAACCUGGCCGUCAACAGGCCGCCAGACACCUACGGGCGCCUGACCCUGCUGAACUCGGUCGGUCAGGAGAUCUCUCGCUGUAAGACGUCGGUGCGCCGCGGCCAGCCCAACCCCGUCUACAAGGAGACCUUCGUCUUCCAGGUGGCGCUGUUCCAGCUGUCGGACGUCACGCUGCUGGUCUCCGUCUACAACCGGCGCAGCCUGAAGCGCAAGGAGACGGUGGGCUGGAUCGCCAUGGGCCAGAACAGCAGCGGCGAGGAGGAGCAGCUCCACUGGCAGGACAUGAAGGACAGCCGAGGACAGCAGGUCUGCCGCUGGCACGUCCUGCUGGAGGCCUGAGCUCCUUCGGGCUCUUCCAUUCGCAAAGAGGACGGCGAGUGGUCGCAUGAAACACAGCUGGUUUGGUUAUUUGCCGUCGACGAGAGGAACGGAUUCUUUUGAACCGCGUUUUGAUAAAGUGGAUUUCAACGUUUCGUGCAGAAACUGCAGGAAGAUCCUUAUUUUUUACCGGCUGCCAAAUCAAUGGAGUUCUGAACCAAUGGAGACAGGAAACAACCAGAAGAUGUUAUGGUCACAUCUUCUUUAGAAAACAAACUAAACAAUCAAACAUAAUAGUUAGUGAGUCACUAAGGUAACAAAACAUUGUGUUCACAUGUAGCAGACAUUUAUUACAUUACUUUAUUAUCGCCUCCAUUCACACACUAUUGAUUGAUCCCAAUGAUCAUUUUUCUUAAAUUAAGUCAUUUCACCUCAAGUAAAUAGUUCUACAAAAAUCUAGACAUUUUUGUAGAACUAUCUGGCAAAUCAAUUAAAUUAAAAUACAGAAAAAGAGUCAGACCUUAAACGAUCUGUGUGCAGUAACCUUCCCCACAUUAAUAAAACAAACCUCAAGGUCGUACUUCCAGCAAUGUCCCUCCACUUUCUGAGCUUUGACUGGAGCUCUUUUUAAUCACGUCAUCUCAUCCACGAUAUUUGAAUGGUUCCAGGAGGGGAUGGAAACGUUUAUUGAUUAGCAUCUUCUUUAAGCGACCCUAUUAAACAUCUGGUGGAGAGGUGCGCGCCAUGAUGGAAACUUUAGAAAGAAACACUCAUUCACAUUCUCGUGUUUGCUGCUCAGGCAGGAAGCUGCAGCUGAAAAGAGGCUCUGAAUAUCUCACUGCAGCUGUUAGAAAAAACAACCUGCGAUUAAUUCACCCAAAUCACAAAAGACCCCCCCUCCACACACGCACACACACACACAGUGAGCCAUCCUGAAUUUUUUACUGUUGGGAGCACAGUCAUUUAUUCAUGUAUUCAUUUAAAGAGUGUGAGGGGAAUGAGAGGUGGAAAAGCACAUCUCUAUGGAGGCAUUCUAUAUGUGUUUAAUGCAGGAAACAAGAUGUUUAAACUGGAAAGAAUGAAUGGACCUGCUGCAAAGGCUCGAUGGUUUUUAUUUUCAUUUCAUUUAAAUUAUUUUGCUGUAAAAAAACACUUUAGAGACCGUGAAAAUGGGAUAGAAGCUAAUAAAAAAAGCAGAGGCUAGCUACCGUUAGCUCUUGUUUCGUUAGCUUGUUUGUGUACUUGUUAAACGUUAGCAUGUAAGUUGAAGCCAUUGGACCUCCCGCUUCAGCUGCCGUUUCUCGCUUUAACAGCAACAGUUUUAGACCUGGAAAUUAAUAAUUAAUAUUAUAGUAGUAGUUCAUUAACAUUGGUUCUGUGUAGUGUUGGAAACUCAUUUUCCAGCUGACCUGUAUUCGAAUGUGAAACCGGCCAAUGCAGCUUCAUAAAUAUGUGUUAGCUACAUACAUGACAUUAUGAGAAUUUAGCUCUGUGCAUUAAGGCGAAAAGGAAAAAGUUAGAAUCAAGAAAAAUUGUUAGCUAGAUAGACCUAGCAAGUUACAAUACAGUAGUACUUCACCAUAGAAAUACAUGAUUAUAUUUUUUCUUUAUUCAUCAAAAGUAGUUUUAACAUUUACACCUUUGUGGGUUUUGAAUAAACUCUAUAAACAGAAUCAUAGCGAGGUUACGACUGAACCCUUGGCAUCACGCUAGUUAGCAGGCCUGCUAAUGUUAGCAUCUCGUUUUAAUCCCUUUCAUUUUAUUUUUUGGAAAGGAGAGAAAACAUUCUGGGUGCAAUGUUUGGAUCAGCAAAGCCGGUCAUAGCUAAGCUGCCAACGGAUAAUCUGACAAUAACUGUGAGCUAGAAGAUAAAAACUUUUUUUUUUCCCAUCCGGUUUUAAAUGAACAAACUCCAAGGCGGUUUUGCCGUGUUCAGGGAAACUGUCUUUAAAUAAUCACGUCAUGCUCACUGAUUUUAAUAUUGGUUUUGUGAAAUAGAAAAUUCACACAUUCCUACUACAUUUUGAUAUGAGCACUCCGAUUCUGCAGGCUUCCUUCAUGUGACUGUGAAAAGUGACUCCAUGACUUUACUGCAGGAUUAAAUAUUUUAUGCAUGUCAAGUUGUUGUACAGAGUCUAUAAUAUCCAUUAUAUAUUUUAUAAAUUGUAGAAAUGUAAUGUCCUUAUUAGUAUUUCUAUUUGUAUCUACACAUGUGCAUGCUCAGUUUAAGAUCCAUGGUUGUAUUAACAGAUGUGCUGCCGUUGUAAUACUCUGAUGAAGUGCCUGUAACAUUUUUGAGAAAAACAACAAUCACAACAGAUGAUCCAAAUUAGCAUGAAGCCUUCUCGUUGUUCCCUGUGAAUGCUGCAUGCAUGGAAGGUGGCUUCAGGUCCAGGUCAGGCCAGAUUCAGUCUGGGUUCAAGUCCACCGCCCCGUGGAACCUGUAACUGUUCUAUGCAGGACAACACUAAGAGAGUCUGAGACAUCCUGCAGAGACACUGGUCUAGUCUGGUCUGGUCUGGUCUGGUCCGGUCUAGUCUUGUCUAAUCUACUGGUCCGGUCUGAUCCGGGUCAAGCAUGCUGAGCCGCCGCGGCCCCCAAAAAGCACAUUUUGUACCAACUUCUGUCGUUGCCAAUAAAGCCCAGGAGCUCCCCACUGAGGGGACGUCUGUC